CAAAGAUAGGUACCUGUCAGGUACCACCGCGGUGAGUAGGUAGGAACAGCUUUUCAGAGCUUUGUAUAACCUGCGCCGGACGUACGGCAAUGUACCACAUUUAUUAUUAUAAUACCUUUCUCCAAUCAUCAGCAGUUAACUUACUGUUUAGUUUACAAAGACAAAUAUGUUUAUGUGGUGCUUCUUCCUCGGUCAUGAAUUAAACUAGUUUUUAUUGUUUGUGAUUAAUAUGUUGUGAAAUAGUUGACAUUUGUGGAAUUUAUAACAGGAACAUUCUAAAGAUAUUUUUGAUGGCCUUUAGAUAGUUCUAAUUAAUAAGCAAAAAAAAUGACGACAAAAAUAAUGGACCACCACCACCAUCAUCAAAUGCAAACCAACAACAAAGUUUUAACGAUACGCGAAGAGAAGUUUAUGAAAAAAAUACCAUUAUUGAACGAUAUGCCGCGUAAAGCACUAACAAAAGAGAACAAAAGGACUUUUAAAAAUGUUUUCAAUAAAAUAAGACUGAGAAAGUGCGCGAGCGCUACUAUAUCCAAACCUUUUCCGACUUAUCAUGUGGCUUACUUGGGUAAUGUUAUAACUGGAUGGGCUAAAGGUGAUGGAUGCAUAGAAAAACCCUUAGCAACCCUCUGGCGUAACUACAUUCAAUCAUCACGUCCCGACGUCAACAUGCACCUAACAGUCUCAGGCGGUGGCCUGAAAGCUGUAACCAAAAACCACGGCUUAACAGAAUACUGGGCCCACCGCUUGACCACUUGCGCCGCUCCUGAAGAAUUCCCCAGGAUAUUCUGUUGGAUCUACAGGCACGAGGGCCGUAGGCUGCGACAUGAAUUGAGGUGCCACGCAGCCUUGUGUUCUUCUACAGACAUGGCCAGGCAGAUCCAUAAGGAACUGAAGGAGUUUUUGUUGCAAGCCCUGACUGAUUUCAAAAAGGAAAAGUUGUCCAGGCAAAAUGCUCGGUUGAGUUUGGUGAAUUCAGUCCAAGAGAAUCCUAGUUUGCCAAGAAGAAAGAUUUUGUUAGGUACUGGAACACAUAAUUAUAGACCACCACUAGAAUGUUCAAAAUCCGCUCCAAAACUUUCCAGCAUUGAAGAAAUGUAUGGAGAAGAAGAGGACGACGGAGACUUAUUGCGACGUACACAACAAAUCUACAGAAACAUUUUAAAAUCGUACGAAAAAGCAGCAAAUUAUUUAUUCGAACGAGAUACCUACUGGCCGUACUAUAAGAAAAAACAGGCAAUUAGAUGGAGCAACAGAAGUAAUAAUAAAAACCAUUGUGAUAUAAGGCAAAAUAAUUAUAAGGAUGUUGAUUCUAAAAAUAUAGAAAAUGAAUUGACAAGUGUUGAGACUGAAGAAGAUAAAUGUGAUAUUAAAAAUAAUAAUUGUUCAAUGAGGACAGAAGCGGAAAACAAUAAAUUGACGCAAGAUCCAAUUUUGGCCACAAUUGAAGAAACCCUAGAAAACAAGAAACUCGAUUUGGACUUUAAAAUAGGCGGUGAAGUGCUACCCGCUUUAAAAAUACCUGACAAACCCAACAUUGAUCAUCCGUUUGUUAUAACCAAAGGAUUCAUAGAUCAAGAAAAAGUCUCUUUGGUGCCAGUCGGUGAAUCUCAUUCCGAUUUCAGUUCGUUGAAAGUUUACAAAAAGAGAUCAUUCAAUGAUGGUAAUAAUAAAGACUUUGCAGCUUGCGCUAUGUUUUUGGGGGAGAGUUUAGGACAGUUAGAACACAUAUUUCAAUCGCAUUGUUCCUUUAGUGGUGGUGAUAGGUCAGAGGAUGAAAUUACAAGUAAAAUGAAUUCUACUUUAUUAGUGUAGUUAGUUUUUAUUGGUAUUUGUGUUAGUUUUUUUUUGCGUAAAAGAGUCUGUUUGUAAUAUUUUUUGUUAAUAAAAUAUUUUAGUGUUUAUGAUAA